GUAGUGUAUAUGUUGUUUCGUUCCGUCCUGUACGUGUGUUCCUCACGCAGCGAUCGGAGACUUGGGCUUUUUUGCUUUUCGUUAUUGUUGUGUCGCGUGUGACGCGCGACAGAAAACGACGCGGACGGAGGUCUCGCGUAAUCGUCGUCUCCUUGUCUCUCUCGCCGCAACUUCUUGCGCGCCACGGAUCUUAGCGGCGGCGGCGGCCCGUCGCGGAAGAUCGCAAAACAAUAAGAGGAGAACGAGCGACGAAGUGUCGGUUUGUAUCGCCAGACGUCGCCGAGUGACGCGCGCGUUUGCAAACGCAGUGUUCUCUUCCAGUGCUGUAUUUUAUUGUGCCAAACGGUUUGCCUUAUCUUUCUCUUUCCCUCUUAUACAUGCAUAUGCGUACACACUCUCUCAUUUUUCCGUAUGAGUUUCUUUUGAGGGCUUCUUCGCUGAGAGACGGGCGGCGAGCAUUGUUGCCUGAGCACACUGUGCUCGGAUCUUGUUCCAAGAGAGAUAGUGAGUGAGUGAGUGAAUGUUGUGAGUGAGUGAGUGAGACAGUGAGAGAAAGAGAGUUUCUUCUUUCUCUUCGGGGACUCUUUGACGAACGGUCGUUUGACAGCGGGGGAUAUUCGGUGGAAUUCGGCGCACGCUCUACAACCGAUCGACUCUGCCUUGUUGGAGUAACGAUCGGCGAGGCGAUGAUGAGGCUUCAAAGUUACCGUUGAUUCAUUGGACAUCCUGCAGGGCUAUUCGUUUCCAGGAUGAGCGCGCCGCUGCGGAUUUUGGCUCUGAUCAGCUUAGUCGCGCGAAAUGUGGCUUGGCCGCAGGACCCCAUUCCUAGACUGCACCUCAAACAUCGCGAGGUGAUUGGACAGCAGUUCCUGGGCAAUGAGAGCCACGUGGAACACUUCAAGUUCCUGGAGCGCGCGACAACCUCAAUCCUCAUUGGUGCCAGAAACGCCAUUUACAACAUAAGUCUGCAUGACCUAACGGAGAACGUCGACCAGAGAUUGCUGUGGUCCAGCACCCAGUCGCAUCUCGAGCUUUGUAACUUGAAGGGCCGUAACAACGAUGAGUGCCAGAACUACUUGCGAGUAUUUGGCAGGCAGGGUCCCGAUCGCUUCCUCGUUUGCGGCACGAACGCCUACAAGCCGCUUUGCAGGCAAUUCACGAUCAAGGAUGGAGCGUAUGUGCAGAAAAGUGAGAUGGAUGGUUUGGGUCUCUGCCCUUACGACCCACGACACAAUAGUACAGCCGUCUUUGCCGAGGGACAGCUAUAUGCUGCGACGGUGGCCGACUUCACCGGCGGUGAACCACUAAUUCAUAGGGAUAAAAUUCGCACCGAACGUUUGGAUCUGAAUCAGUUGAACGGUCCCAAUUUUGUCGGUUCGUUCGCAUAUCAAGAUUACGUAUUCUUCUUCUAUCGCGAGACAGCCGUCGAAUAUAUGAAUUGCGGAAAGGCCGUAUAUUCGCGGGUAGGAAGAGUCUGUCAGCACGAUAAAGGCGGGCCACACGCAUUUAACGACAGAUGGACGAGUUUCCUGAAAGCGCGACUCAACUGUUCGGUACCGGGCGAAUACCCCUUCUAUUUCAAUGAAAUACAAUCAACAAGCGAUGUUACGGACGGUCGAUACGCAGGAGAAUCUAUGCAUUUGGUAUACGGGGUUUUCACGACCCCGGUGAACUCCAUCGGAGGCUCAGCAAUUUGCGCUUUCUCCAUGAACAAUAUUCUCGAAGUCUUCCAAGGCGCUUUCAAGGAGCAAGAGACUAUAAACAGCAACUGGUUACGAGUUUUACCAGAAAGGGUGCCGGAACCACGACCCGGCGCCUGCGUUAACGAUUCUAGAACGCUUCCGGACAUUACUGUCAAUUUUGUUAAGGCCCAUCCUCUCAUGGACGACGCGGUGCAAUCCUAUUUCGCACUACCUGUGAUAACUAAAAUCAGUUUUAGUUACAGAUUUACUAAAGUCGCCGUAGAUCCUCAAGUAAAGGCAUUAGAUGGUAAAGCUUACGACAUACUCUACAUUGGAACAGACGAUGGCCGUAUUUUGAAAGCGCUCAACACGCGUGCUCCGGAAACUCGUAAUAACGUCGGUCAAGUUAUUAUCAGCGACGUUCAAGUAUUGAAAUUUGGUCAAGCAGUCAAGGACCUCCUAGUGGUUCAUCUUGCCGGCGAAGCGAGCAAACUGGUGGUAUUCACAGAUUCUGAGAUUCGCGCAGUCCCGUUGCACCAUUGCGAUUCGCCUGCUGUGGCUACUUGCAGGUCCUGCGUCGCUCUUCAAGACCCUCAUUGCGCUUGGGACGCAAACGCGAACCUCUGCGUGGCCGUGCUGACGAAACUUCACGACAGCGAUGCCGACAAGACCUUGUUUCAAAAUAUUUCAACCGGAAGACAUAGCAGCUGCGGAUACGAACAAGAAAUGACGAAGCCCGUACAACCAGCGGUGGCGCCCGAAAUUGGGCGCGACGAGCAACCCGAUGAACGGGAUAAUGAAAUCGUCAUCGAGUUGGAUCGGGAAAAUCAGUACGGCCGUACGCAGCCAAGGGCUAAUGAGCCUCAAGGCGUGACAGUGACACCAGUGGUCUACUCAGCCCAUACGUUAACCGGCGCAUUGAUAGGCACUUGUUUCUGCUCUCUGGUGGCCGGUUUCGCUUUCGGAUUCUGGUUUGCCCAACGACUGCGUGGGACGCCGUAUCCGGAGCCCUCUGAACAACGGCAACAACUGAACCGGCUGACAGAAAGCUCGGAAUCACCGGGAUUCAACAACAAAUCUAUCAACUUGGUGCUGAAUGUGCCGCCUAAGAACCCGAACGGCAAGAACGCGAAUUCGUCCGCGGAGAAUAAGCCGGUGCAGAAGGACCCCACGGGUUCUGGCGCAUCUUCCUCCUCUUCUUCCUCCGAUCUCGCGGAGUCAGACGAGCGUAACGACGAGGACGAUGGUGACGACGACGAGGACGAGGACGGGACGACACCAACGAGUCUUACCACCGGCAUCACCACGGACCACACGAGUAACACGCAUAAACGCGACGAGGAUCACUACGAGAGCGUCGUGAACGACGAGAUUUGCACACUCGAGUAUUUGGGCUCCUACGAAGCACAGCAGCAGCGAUUCGCCGCGGUACCGAGAUGCGAUCGGUAUCUUCGUUCCGAGUGCGUCGAGACUACGCUGAUGAACGAGCCGACGACACGCGAACUUGGGGAUUCCGGUAGCAGCGAUAGUGCCAACAGUCUCGACAAACUCUGUGGGCAUCAUCUCGCCGUUCGCACCAUUGAUGACGGUGAAGACGACGGUCGGUUCGAUCGACACGAAGCAACGGGAAACGCGCGAGAUCACUACAUGGUACCUACGCGGGAUCCGCGUGAACUCAACGAACGGAUCCUGUCGCUCUUCAAUCCGCAGUUCUUGCCGAACUUUAACGACAUGAUUACGUACGUGGCCGCGCCCAUAAAUAGCCCACCACCGGCCCGGUCCCAGUCUACGGUCUAUCGCAGCGUGGACGACGGUCUUCUAAUUAAGGACAUGAACUAUCGUAAACGCGGCGACACGAACUCGAUGUGCUUUCGACGUGGACUGACAUACGAGGCGCAACGGAAGUGACAGUAAUCCUUCGACUUCAACGUAUCGCAUCUCAUCGCAUCGCAUCGCCAGCGUAUAUUCUAUGGAAGCGGAGGAACUCCACUUUCGCUAUUUACGAUUUGGUCGCAAGAAACGGUCGGUAAUUUUGAGCGCUUAAAGAAGUAGCAGUGUUGGUACUUGAGAAAUAACUAUACGUAUCUCUCAUCUGUGACACGGUUAUUGAGGGAGAAAUACGGUCGUAGAUGCUAUACUACGCGUAGCUGGACUUUUCCCCUCCUUUUACGUUAAUUUCACGAUAAACGCACGGCGAGAAGAUGCGCUGGGAAACAUGUUGUGGAUGCCCUUAGAUUAUCAAAGGAAAUAGUCACGCAACAGGCCGAGAAUCUUCUCUUAUGUUUUAUAGAAUAUUUUCAAACUUUCUCGUGUACGUCCAUCGCACAUUCAUCAUUAGGCUCACGAACGGCUGUCGUGUGGAAUUAUUUUUAUAUAGAAUUCGAUCGAAUUUGAGGUUUCUUCUUGAUUCAUUUUUUGAAGAUAACGAUUGUGAUAACGACGGAGAAUCGAGAAUGCAAGAAAAAAUUGUAUCCCGACGACGGCGACAAUGACGACAACGACCGCGUCAAUGACGACAAUAACGAUGACAGCAACGAUGACGACGACAACGACGACGAUGACGACAACGACAACAACAACGACGACGAUAACGAUAAUAACGCCUAUGAUUGCGACGAGAAGGCUGAAGAAUCGAAUCGUAGUAAUGUGUUGUAAUGUGAUAUCAUGUGAGGACUGUGUUCGUAGCAGUGACCUGUUAUGUGCUUAGACUGAUGCAAAAUAAAAUGAAACACUAUGUAGAGACAUUUAAGCAUUCGCACGAGAAACGAGGCGUGCCUUCUGUGUAUUAAUUGUUGGCAGAUCUUGACCUAUAACAGGAAUGGAGUAUUACUGCGACCGGUACAGAUUCGGGCAAGUGCCUCAUUCAUGCGUUUUGUUUAAGAUAUUCCGAUAGAACGGAGCAAAGAAUAGAGAGAGAUUUAUGUAAGACUAAUUCGAGUAUCGUUGUGCACUUAUUAUCGUGCUGUGAGUACUGGUGAUGGAAAUAACAGGCGAGAGCACAAUUUGAUAACUCAGAUUUGAUAGCUCACGGAAGAUUAUAAUGGUAGCCGUACACAGUUUCUUCGAGGAAUGUACGUAAUAUUUGGUUUAAACAUUUUAGGAAUAUUUUAUAUACUUAACGUCUUUAUGUCUCAUUAUUUUUCAGUAAGUUUUACAUGUAUAUAAAAGCUAAAGGUACAACAAUAUA